ACGAGUUCUGUAUAUUUAAGUAUGUUUGCAUAAGUGUUCAUAUAAAAUACAGGUUGACAUCUGUGUGAAAAGUUAACAGAGUGUUGAAUUUGUUCAAGAUGUUACUAAUACUAUAUGUGUUAUAUUUUCUAUACAAUGUCAGUGCUGAUUUAAUGGAAGAAAUCAAUUCUCGACUUCCUGAGGAUGGCAGACUGAAUUUCACUGAACUCGCGACGAAAUAUGGAUUGGAAACUGAAGAGUAUGAUGUAAUAACAGAAGAUAAUUACAUACUCAAAUUAUUUCAUAUCCAGGGAGAUAGAACUAAACCUAUACUAUUGUGUCAUGGUGCUGACAACUCUGCAGAUACAUAUAUUAUGAGAGGUAACACAUCGUUAGCUGUUACUUUGGCUAAAGAAGGAUAUGACCUUUGGUUUAUGAAUUCCAGAGAUAAAAAAUAUAGUCAAAGGAAUCUAUAUUUACAUCCCAAAGAUGCCGACUUUUGGAAUUUUACUUUUCAUGAAAUAGGAAUAUACGAUUUGUCUGCUAACAUUGAUUAUGUAUUGAACAAAACUAAUCAAGGUCAGUUGACACUCAUCGGGUUUUCCCAAGGUAAUCAGAUAUGGUUUGUGUUGGGAUCUAUGAGACCUGAGUAUAAUUCUAAGGUGAAAGUUGCUAUUGCAUUAGCCCCAGUGGCUUAUCUGAACCAUGCUCGACUUCCAGAUUUACUUACGUGGACACUAAUAAAUAAUUUCCUUAAGGCGUCUGGAAAUCAUGUACUGUUUGGGGAAAAUUCUAUAUUAACAGCAGCAUCUCGAACUAUUUGUCCCAUCAUGAAAGCUGGUGCAGAGUUUUGUAUAAAUUUCAACAUUUUUCCAAUAUGUGGCGCAGAUCCUCCUGGCCUGGAACCUGAAUUUGUGCCAAUCUUGAUUGGACACACUCCGUCAAAUCUCGUUAGGAAAGUUCUUGAUCAUAUGGUGCAAGUUAAGACUAGUAAGAGAUUUCAGUUAUAUGACUACGGAACUGUGACUAAUAUCGUCAAAUAUGGUUCAGCGCAACCCCCAGAAUAUCCAGUAAAGAAAAUAUCUGCCAAAGUAGAGCUCCUCGUAGGGCGCAAUGAUAAACAAGCAGUCGUUGAUGAUAUUCAAAUACUGAAACAACAGCUGCCUAACUCUUCAUAUCAUGAAAUCGACGUGGAUCUAUGGAAUCAUAUUGAUUUUGUUUGGGGGAAAUACAUGAAAGAAUUUUUGUAUCCGCUAGUGUUAGACUUAUUAAAAAAGUACAAUUAA